AUGGACUUGUCAGCGUUUGUCGAGCGCCUCCGUAGCGGCGCCCCGCCCAAGUUCCCGGCGGACGCAGACUCUUUGCAAUUUGCCCAGAAGCUAGACUCCCAGGAUUCGCUGCGACACCUGCGAGACGAGUUCAUUCUACCCACCAAGGGCUCAUUGAAAAAACGAGCGUUGGAUGGCACCAUUCCCGGCGAGCUGAACAAUGGCACCAACAGUGUCAACGGAGUCAACGGGACAUCAGCAGACGCCGAGCAGGGCAUCUAUUUUGUUGGCAACUCGCUGGGCGCCCAGCCAAAGGCCGUACGGGAGCAUGUCCUUGCCCAGCUAGAAACCUGGGCGUCAGUCGGCGUCAAUGGCCACUUCCUGGAUAUGGGCAAGUCGCCCCUGGUUCAAUGGCAAGACAUGGCCGAAGAUUGCGCCAAAAAGUCUGCCGAUCUCGUUGGUGCAUCUCCAGAUGAGAUUGUCUACAUGAGCACCCUGACGGUGAAUCUGCAUAUGAUGAUGGCUAGCUUCUACAAGCCCGACGCAAAGAGGCACAAGGUCAUUCUGGAGUGGAAGCCCUUCCCCAGCGACCACUAUGCCAUUGAGAGCCAGAUUGUCUGGCACGGCCAUGAUCCGGCCAAGAGCAUGAUCAAAAUUGAGCCGGACGACGACUUUAUCAUCUCCACAGAAAAGGUGCUGGCCACCAUUGAUGAGCAUGCAGAAUCCACCGCCCUGAUUCUGCUCCCCGGUAUCCAGUACUACUCGGGCCAGCUCUUCGAUAUUCCCCGCAUCACAGCCUACGCAAAGGAGCGGGGAAUUGUGGUCGGAUGGGACCUCGCCCAUGCGGCCGGUAAUGUGGAACUGAAGCUUCACGACUGGGAUGUCGACUUUGCUUGCUGGUGCACAUACAAGUACAUCAACGCGGGGCCGGGAGCCACCGCCGGUGCGUUCGUGCACGAGAGGUAUGGCAAAGUCGACUUCACCAACGAUCCCGAGAACCCAACUUACCGGCCACGUCUGGCGGGUUGGUACGGAGGCGACAAGCGGGUCCGCUUCAACAUGGCCAAUACCUUUGUCCCUACGGCGGGCGCAGCUGGAUUCCAGGUGUCGAACCCAUCGGCCCUGGAUUUGGCCAGCGUUGCAGCGGCGCUCUCCAUCUUCAACAAGACGAGCAUGCACGAUUUGCGGUCCAAGGCCCUCGUGCUGACGGCCUAUGCCGAGCACCUGCUGGACAAGAUCAAUGCGGACUCCAACGCCGCCCAGCCCUUUUUCAGGAUCAUCACUCCUCGAGACCCUGCCCGGCGUGGCACACAGCUGAGUGUGUUGCUGCGAGAGGGUCUCCUGGACAGCAUCGCCCAGGCACUGGAGGCCCACGGAGUGAUGUGCGAUAAGCGGAAGCCAGACGUGCUGCGCGUGGCACCGGUGCCGCUAUACAGCCGAUUUGAGGACGUCUGGAAGUUUAUGCAGAUUCUGCGAGGCGCUUUGGGUCUUUGA